AGCGUCCCCUCCACCACCAGCUUAAGACCUCUUUCCUUUCGAAAUAAAAUUGCCCCGGUUCUUGGAGCCUAGCCUGGCCGCGCCAGAGCCCGGCCCCACGGGCCUCCCUCCGGGCCCCUCUUGGUUGCGCCCGCUUUGUCAGCGCGCCGCUCUCACCCGGUAUCCUCCAGGUCUCCCAGCCGCAGUCACAGAUCCUCCGCCGCCACCGCCGAAGCAGCCUCCGGGGCUCCAGCCUCUCCCUCCGGCUCGCCUGCCCAGGACUCUUCCAAGGGUCCGAGCUAGGCGAGAAGGAGUCUCCGCUCGGGCGCCCCCGAGAGCCUGCUCCCAUCGGCCUCGGCCGUACUCUGCUCCUCGGGCGCGCGAGGGGUCGCGGCGGUUGUGGCAGCGGCGCCCGGCAUGUAUCAGAGCCCGUGGCGGCUCUGCUCCGCCCUGCUGCAGAGGGACGCUCCCGGCCUGCGCCGCCGGCCUGGCCCGGGCCCCGGCCCGCGCUGCCAGUCGUCCCCGCCGGCGGUCGCCCGAAGACCGGCGUCCCCCAGGUUCCUGGCGGCGGCCUCGGGCCCGCCGGCGUUGCGUCCCGGCGCAGCGUGUUCCAUGGGCAACGGCACGAGCAGACUCUAUAGUGCUCUCACCAAGACACUGAACAGCAGCGCUGCCUCCCAGUAUUUGGAGUCACCUGACCCAGAACACCUGGAGCCCAUUGAUCCGAAAGAGCUCCUUGAGGAAUGCAGGGCAGUCCUGCACACUCGACCUCCCCGGUUCCAGAGGGACUUUGUGGAUGUGAGGACAGAUUGCCCCAGUAGCCACCCACCUAUUAGGGUCAUGCAGUGGAACAUCCUCGCCCAAGCUCUUGGAGAGGGCAAAGACAACUUUGCACAAUGCCCUUUGGAAGCACUCAAGUGGGAAGAAAGAAAAUGUCUCAUCCUAGAAGAAAUCCUAGCCUACCAACCCGAUAUAUUGUGCCUCCAAGAGGUAGACCACUACUUUGACACCUUCCAACCACUCCUCAGCAGACUGGGCUAUCAAGGCACGUUUUUCCCCAAGCCCUGGUCACCUUGUCUAGAUGUAGAACAUAACAAUGGGCCAGAUGGCUGUGCCUUGUUUUUCCUCCAGAGCCGAUUCAAGCUAGUCCACAGUGCCAAUAUUAGGCUGACGGCCAUGACGUUGAAAACCAACCAGGUGGCCAUUGCACAGACCCUGGAGUGCAAGGAGUCUGGUCGACAGUUCUGCAUCGCCGUCACCCACUUAAAAGCACGCACCGGCUGGGAGCAGUUUCGAUCAGCUCAAGGCUGUGAUCUUCUCCGGAACCUGCAGAACAUUACCCAGGGAGCCAAGAUUCCCCUCAUUGUCUGUGGGGACUUCAAUGCCGAGCCAACAGAGGAGGUCUAUAAACACUUUGCUUCCUCCAGCCUGAACCUGAACAGCGCCUAUAAGCUGCUGAGCGCUGAUGGGCAGUCAGAACCGCCAUAUACCACCUGGAAGAUCCGGACCUCGGGGGAAUGCCGGCACACCCUGGACUACAUCUGGUAUUCUAAACAUGCUCUGAGUGUGAGGUCCGCUCUUGACUUGCUCACUGAAGAACAGAUUGGACCCAACCGGCUACCAUCCUUCCAUUAUCCUUCAGACCACUUGUCUCUAGUAUGUGACUUCAGCUUCAAUGAGGAACCUGACCGACUUUUAUAAACGCUUCUCUGUGUCUUUUUAAUCACAAGAGUCUUAACCUCAAUUGCCCGAGGAAGGAUUCCCAGUUUCUCUUGCUUCACAUUUCCAUGUUUCCAGCAUGCCCUUGGGAAGGAAUCCCACUAGUUCACGAACCUUUUCCAUUAAAACCUACAGUGAAGAAGGUGUUUGCACUCCAGUUUUGGCUUGUAUGGUCUUCUUUCCCUUAGCAUUACAUUUAGAUGAAUUAAGAGCAUUAAAUUAGGCUUGUUCUGAAGCUUUCAGUUUGAUGAUGCUAUAUACAAAAAUACUUUGAGUUCUCCAUAAUUAACAAGUAUGCAGGAGUGAUUUCUCUACAGUGUUUCAAAUUAUUUAUUUGACUUUUUCAAUGUCAACAAGAUGCAUGGCAAUAUUUAUUUUUUGUAUCUUCAUGUAAAAUUAAUAAAUUAUAGAUAGCACUAUAAACAUUUUACACCCAUGCAAAAUAUGAGUUAUACAGUAAUUUAUAGUAAUUUUCUUAAGGCUUUAAGAUGUUUUUACUUGGGGUCUAACAAUAGUAGUGUAAAAAGGAACUAUUUAGCCUGGAGGCCCCAGUGUUUUGAUUGUUUUUUUAAGUGGCAGUAUCAGCUCUUGUUGAUAAGUUCUUCAUCAUAACUCUUGCUGUUUCCAUGUCCCCCAUUAUUGUACUUCCUGAAGAGAUUCCAUGACCAGUCUUCAUUACUUAAUCACUGCUGUACAUUUAUAAUUUUCCAUUGGAAUGCUACUGGUAUACAUUUGAGGUUACUCAAUGUCAUUAUUUGUAUUGAAGUGAGCUUUUCACAAUAGGUUACUUAGGAGCUGUUAUGUAGCAGUGGCUGGAAAAGUCAGUGGGACCUUCUUUUCAGAGAUGGGAAACUAGGAAAACCUCUUUAUGAGGCUGUCACUGAAAUUUCCUAAGAGACCCAGCGGACUGGUUCAAAGCAUUUAGAAAUAUUGUAAAAAGAAAGAUAACCUAGGAUUUUCUUUCACUGGGGGAAAAAAGUGGUAAAGGUAACAGGUGAAGCCGCUUCCAAACAAAAUAACCUGUUGGUAAUAAGUUGAUAAAUAUUUUAACCCAUGAGUUGUAUGUAUGUAAGAUUAAUAAAUGGUCUUUUAAAACUAGUACUUUUAAUAUCUUGUCCUUUCAGUCCAAAAAAAUCUGCAAUAGAUUUGAUUUUUUAAUAUGUUAACAUGGUGGUCCACACUAUCCAUUUGCACACAGAUCUUCAUUUUUUAAAGUGGACAAAGGAGGGUCUAGAGCUGCACACUGAAGGUAUCUUUGCUAAUUAUGCUAUCUCAAGUGUCAUGGCUGGAGUUCCCAAAGUGGUUCACGCAAGGAUUCUACACUGGAACCCCUUUUCAAGCCACUGUCAGUACAUUGUAGACAUAAAGUCUUGGGGCUACCUGAAAGGAAUGGCAAGCAGAAUAUCUGUACCUUUUGUUUCAAAUCUUAGCAUGACUAAUAGUAAUCCUAUGAGAGUUGCUGAGAAACACUGCGCUAAUUAGAAUUCUUAUAAGCACAGGCAGUAAACACCAUCUACCUACCUGAGAGUACACCAGCCGGGAGACAUUACCACGACAGCCUUGAGUAGGUGAAUCUAAAUGAGAACAAGAGCCAAAAUAGAAUUUGAAUUUCCAAUGCUGUUCACCAAUACAGUCAUCUGCCACUUAAUGAUGGGCAUGUUCUGAGAAACACGUUGUUAGCAGGUUUCAUCCUCACAUGAACAUCGGUAGAGCAUACUUACACAAGCAGAGAUGGUACAGCCUACUACACACCUAGACCUACUGCUCUUUAGGGAAGAAAAAUGUCCCCUCUAUCCUUUUGGUUUCUUGGGUGAGACAUCCCUGUAAUAAAAGAUUAAAAGAAGAUAAACAAAAGUUGAACACAAAUACCUCCUGUACACUUGGGAAGAGACCCAGGAAAACUCAGUAACUCACCAAAAUGGCUUCAGCCACCACCAUAGAUAUAAUCUUCAGAUGAAGAUGUUAACAGUAGGAGUCGGGUGUGGGUUACCAGUAAAAGCAGUAAAUACGAGUGAGGUUGUCAUAGAGGGUAAGGAGUAAUGGGUUAUCAGUAACAUCAUUUAUUGACC